UGUUUGACUUAGGUGUGUUGAAGCGUAGAAACAUCUCAGUGUUGCAGGACACCAGCCCUCAAUGACUGGACUUGUAGACCCCUGCUUCAGACCCAUGAGGUUUGAAAUAUCAAAACCUAACAUGGGCCAGAUUCAUUUUUUUUAUUAUGCACUGAUUUGCAAAACCCUUGACAAUAAGGAAGUUCUGCCCUCUUUAUUUCGCUUUACCAUGAUGUCAGAGUGAAAACUUCCGUCUCUCAUCAAUUAUAAAUAAAAUGUUUGGCUCCCUCUGCAAAUGUCUGCAUGUAUCUUAAAAUAAAAAAUAAAAAAAUACGCAUGACCGUAUUAGUGUUGUAUCCAGGUAAUGAUUGCACCAGGCAGAGAGCUGUUACAAGGUGACAAUAAAUUUGCCAAAGCUUGCUCAUUAGUUGUCCAGACAUUCAAUUACCAGCAGACGGAGUCCGAAAACGCUGGCUUUAUAUGAAUAUGAACAAGAUGUUCAUUUAGCAUCGCUUUUUUAAAAUAUAUUUUUUUAAAUCCUUGAGUUCUAGUCAAAUUUUUUCUCAUGUUCCACAUUUUAACAGUUAUCAGUGUUUGACUAGAAACCCCUGAAGAGAUCUCUCUGUUACUCCUAAACGAAGGUUUGUUUCAUGAUGCGCACAAUUCUCGUGGUCUUGGAAACGCAAAUUAUUCCUCCAGUUAUUCUGACAAACAUAAUUCUUGCACAAACGAAAAUUAAUUCACGUUCCUCUGAUAAGCGCUGUUAUUUCUCGAGAUCUGGAGGCAUCCAAUUUCUUUUUAUUAUUUACAGUAAAGUCCAGGUCUAACAGGCUACUAUGAGGAAGUUGCUCACAGUCUGCGCGUAAUUGUCCAGUGAAUCAUCCUCUGAAUCAUGGCACUGCAAAUGAUUAUGCGCCAUUCCCAGUAAAACCCCCGUUCCUACAGCCUGACGUGCUGCUGUUCGCCGGUUUAUCAUACUAACUCCAAAGUUCAGCCCAGAGACGUGAACGAGGAGGAAGGACGUAGCUGAGGGAGGGAUGAUAACGAUCCUUUUCCAAUUCCAACCUGUCUCCCACUCAUUUUCGGAUUCCUGAGCGGAAAACAGCUUGGAAGAGGAUUUUACUGAGCGUAUAUCUCUUACAUCAUUGACCUACUGGGAGGUGAAUCUCUGCCCCAGUUUGGCCAGUCUCUUACAUGUUUUCUGCCAGAUAUUUGGAUUUUGAACAACAUACACCAAGGGACAAAGGAAACACUGACCAGCACUGAAGAUUGGCUGUUGUUUCUGCUGUAACCGGAGCACAGGGAGACACAAGAAAUAAAAGGCUUCAAUCUAAUGGCCAAACAACCAACAGCUGUCCAGAAUGAGACUGGAUACAGAAGACUUCAUCUCACCUAACAUGAUGGAAUUUGGUCUAUCACCUUUUGCAGACUUCCUGGACCUCAGCCCCAACAGCUAUGUCAACAACAGCAACAGAAGCUGGAGCAACCAUCCGUAUGGUGAUGAUCCAAGGCUCAACGAAACCGAGACCCUGCAUUACUCACUCCAUAACGCUCUCCUUGGAGUGUCGUUGGGCCUCUUAUCGCUCCUCACCAUCAUAAUGAACCUGCUUGUCCUCUAUGCAGUGAAGAAAGAAAAAACUCUCCACACGGUGGGAAACCUGUACAUUGUUAGCCUGUCAGUGGCGGAUCUGAUUGUGGGAACGACAGUUAUGCCCCUGAACUUGAUGUAUCUCCUGGAGGAUGAGUGGAGUCUGGGGCGAGCGGUGUGCCAGUUUUGGUUGAUCAUGGAUUAUGUGGCCAGCACAGCAUCAAUCUUUAGCUUGUUUAUCUUAUGUUUGGAUCGGUACCGCUCAGUCAGACAACCUCUGAAAUACCUAAAGUAUCGAACACGGGGAAAAGCGAGCUUGAUGAUCUCUGGGGCUUGGCUACUUUCAAUGAUGUGGAUAAUCCCUAUUUUAGGAUGGAGGUCGUUCACACAUGUGGACCUUAAACCUGAGGAGGAGAACAAAUGUGACACAGACUUUCGCUUUGUUACGUGGUUCAAGGUGAUAACAGCUGUUUUCAACUUCUAUGUACCCUCAAUUUUGAUGUUGUGGUUUUACACACACAUCUACUUGGCGGUGAGGCAGCAUCUACGAGACAGAGAGAGAAUCAUUCAUCCAGCAGAUUCAUUUGGAGAAAAUGAGAAUGGAGGCAAUGCCCCAAGCCCUAAAAAAAAUGACUCCAAAUCCCUCGGGAACGAAACAGAGGUUUCCCUCAAACAACUAAAAAAAGACAGACUGCUAGAUCAGAACACUCUAGCUCAAACAUAUUCACUUGAAGAUGGUGAGAAAACUAAAUCUGCUUCUUUUAGAACUCACAGAAAAAUAGGCGUAAAGUGCCAACAGACGUCACUUCUUUCCAUGACAACAAAGCGGCUCAGAAUGGCACGGAGGGGUAAAACGUGCUCCCUGUCGCCUGAAGAGAGGCAGCCAGGACCGGAGAUUCCCCUGAGCCAGUCGUCUGCGCCGCAGGAUAUGGCAUGCUCAGGUGGAAACAAUGAGAACAAACAUCAGGCCUCUCUCAAUGAAUGCCAUGUCACAGUGACAAACUCUGUGAGUGGAGUUUGCGGUAUCAGUCCAGUGUCAGACGUGCAGAGGUACACAGAUGUGCUCUGCAACAGCUACGACCCCAGUCAGGCGCUACCGUGGCCGGAGGAAGGAGUCGAGGACACCAGAAUAGACUCGGAUAAUGGAGUGACUCUGAAACAGGCGUGGCACAGGUUUAUAGACCAAUCACGACAUCGAAUUCAAAGUCUGAGGAUUCAUAAGGAGCACAAAGCUGCCAAGCAGCUAGGUUUCAUAAUCGCUGCUUUCUUGCUGUGUUGGAUUCCUUAUUUCAUAGUUUUCAUGGUCAUGGCUUUCUGCCCAGAGUGUGUGCAUCACGAUCUUCACAUGUUCACCAUUUGGCUUGGUUACAUCAAUUCCACUCUGAACCCUUUCAUAUACCCACUCUGCAAUGGAAACUUUAAACGCGUUUUCAAAAAUAUUCUCAAGAUCAAUUUGUGACUGAUGUGACUGCAAGAGCAAAGAGUCACGAAAUCUAAGCUCUUCAAGUGUUACCAAAAAUAAUAGAUAAUACAAAAAAAAAGUUGAUGGUCUUGGAUGUUUUUUUUUAUCGUUGAUAAAGUAAAAGCAUAUUUUCGGUGGCAGCUUGUUUUGUACAUUAAGUCACAGAUUUUAUUUUUGUAACUCGCCAUUUUACAAAGAGUCUUUUAGAGUAAAAUGUUAUUUAUUUUUGUCUGUUUUGCUGAUAUUAUUGCACUGUGUCCAGAGAUAAAGGAAUUCAUUCUUAAGAGCAGAAGCUGGAUUAUCUUACAGUUAGUUGAGUUGUUAUUAAUAUCAAAUGCAUGUUUGCAGUAAACAGAGAAAAAUGUCACAUUCGUAAAGACGUAAAGAGAAAGACGUUAUGACCACAGAGUGGUAAUUAGUGGUUAGGCAGAGCAGAGCCAGCCGGAAAAUUGAUUUUUUUCCAACCUAAAGUAAGUCAGUUCCCUAAAAAAUAUAUACAGCUCAUGAUAACACUACUCUCUCCUUUUGUCACAUCCAUGCUCGUUGUUAGUCAAUGACUCAAUGCAAUCAAUCGUCUUUUGUUGUAAAUUGGUCGCUCAGGAGGAGGUAUUGCUGCAAAGUUUAUCACUCAAUAUAAUUUGAUGGCCUUCCUUAACUUUUUACCAGUUGGUAUGAUAAACUGAACUGCACUGCAUUAUAUUUUGGACUGAACUAUAAUGUAUCUAUUUGGAUUUAAACUGUGAUUUAUGAUUACGAUCUGUUUGUCUUUACAGUAUCUUGAGAUGACAUUUGUUGUGAAUUGGUGCUUUAUUAUAAAUAAAUUAAAACUUUUUAAGAAGACUUUUUAAAGGAAAUAGCAUAACUUUUGUCUCAAGUCCAAACAUAAACAGUGGAGAACAAGAAUUUUAUAUUGGUUAGAAAACAUGCAGUUUUAUUCUGUUUAACACUUCUUGACUUGAGUUAUUUUUGGUGCCUUUACUUAACUCAAUGUUGCAAGUUGCUACAGAGCAGGCCACUGUCUUUAUAACCUUCAAUGCAAAAGUGACAACGGUCUAAAACUUUAUAAAACACUGCUUGCAUGAAAUGCAAUUGAAGUUUUGAAACUGGAAUAUGAUAUCAGAAACUGGCUUUGCUCUUUGCUCUAAUUUAACCAACUUUACACUUGUUUCGUAGGGCAGAACAGAUUUGUUUUGUGACAUACCAUACACAAACGGUUGACAUGAUGUCCUGCUAUUUCUAAGUAGGAUCUGUGACCCCAUGAUGCCAUGUAUGUUUUGACACAGUCCUCUUUAGCAAUGUAUUGAGUAUCUUUCUUACUAUCCUCCUCUUUGUGAGUGAAGGCAAGAUAAAUUUGAAUUCUCAUCCAGCUUUGCUGUAAAUAUUCACAAGUUAGUUUGAGAGGCUAAUUUCUCCAAAGAUUUCUUUUGACUUGUGUGAAAUAAUAUACAUUUGCUUCACUUGAAUAGUUUGGUGAAGAGUAGCUCCCAGAAAUGAGCCCCUGUGUCAUAAUUGCACCCUUGGGGAAUAGGAACUAAUAGUCAACUAAAAAAAAAAAAUUAAAAAUAAAGAAUAUAUUAAGAAAAGCUGUAGUUAUACUGAUUUUAUAGUAAUGGAAAUUAAGCAUUGGAUUUUUUUCUCCCUCAAGUUAUAUUAGUGGAAUAUUGUGCAACAGCUAUUACAUAUGCAUUCAUUUUAAGGUUUGUUUUACACGUGCACCAGGAAUACCAAUGAGGGUAGAGUGUUAUAAGAUGGAUAAGAACCCCAUAGAGCCUCCCUUUAAAAAUAAAAAUCAAAAAUAUCCCUUCAAAUGAACAUGAACUGAGUCAAAAAUAUUUUGUCAUAAUACAAUCCAAACAUGCUUUUAAAGGAAUUAAACCUAUAACUCUGGACUUACUGUAUAUACAUGUCAACAAAUCAUUAAAUCCCAGCAAGCAUCAAUGACGGUUCUAUUUAUAAUGUGUUUCUAUUUCCAUUCAUAGCCAGGAGUAAGAGUUCAAGUUUACAGCAAACUGCGGUAUUUUUUAUUUAGAGCUAUGUGAAAAUGUUUUAAUUUAUUUUGUGUUCUAAAGUUGUUAAAAAUGAAUAACAUGAAACAACAUGACACUUAAGUCUGUUGGUAAUUCUGUGAUUUUCCUUGAUUUUUUCAUUAAUUAAACAUGAUUUUAAA